UUUGUUUUUGGAAACUGUGUUUCCAAAGAAGGAUCUGAACUUGCACGCUCUUGUUUUGAUGGAAUCGUUGUAUGGCUAGGGCAUUGAAAAUCUUGACACGCUAUAUGCUACUCAGUGCUCCGUCAAUUAACCUUUAAAGCACUAAAUCGAGUUUCUUUAGAGUAGCAUCAGAUAGUCUAUACGAUUAGAUCCUCAAUCUCUACCCAUAAACGUGUAAAAUUAGUAAAUUAAGCGCCACGCCAUCCAUGCAUCCGCCCUGCAUGCAGCUGUUGAGGUGUUCAAUCUUGCUAUCGAGACGUCAUUAACGUCGCGCAAUAUAACUCUAGACCAUCUCCACCCGUUGAUUCAUCUCUCGAACCUUGUAACGUUCGCGUGGCUAUGAUUUCGUACCCGAUUCUGCUGCUCUUCACGGCUUUCUUCCGAGCAUCGACGGCGAACGUCGACGACUACAAGUUUUCUCUCUUUCUCGACAACGAAGAAACGUUCCAGCUGCAGUGGAAAGUCGACAAAAGAGAAGGAUGGAUCGAGUUCCAAGCCAUCGUGAAGACGCUCGGCUGGAUCGGAAUAGGUUUCUCACCAAACGGACAAAUGUCGGGAUCAGACAUCAUCAUCGGAUGGGUAAACAAUGAUCAAGCUUUCCUUCAGGACCGGUUUGCUCGAGGACGGUAUCUACCCGUUAAAGACGACGUCCAGAAUGUCGAGCUCAUCUCAGGAAGAGAAGAGGACUCCGUCACUGUACUGACGUUCAGACGCAGCAUCACAGCUUGCGAGGCAAACGAUAGCGACAUCGAAACUGGCAGCACGCGUCUCAUAUGGGCUUACCACUCCGAAGACCCUGACCCCGAAGGCCUUCGUUUCGAAAAACACGACAAGAAGGGCUCGAGGAGCCUCCACCUAUUGGCUGAUCAUGUCGAUUUCCAACAACGAAAACUAGGAAACGAUGUCCAGACACUCGAUAUCGUCAACAAUCAGACAGUGAUUCGUGGAGACAAGGACAUAGCGCACAUGUGCUCUGUUUUCAAAUUGCCAAAGAGCGAAAUGGAAUACUAUAUUGUUAAGUUUGAUAAAAUAGUGGAACGGGGCCACGAAGAAUUGGUCUAUCACAUUUUUGUCUACGAAUGCCGUCCGACCUCCGAAGUGCACGUCAACGUGUCCUUUGACUGUUCCCAGAAGAAAAACGAGCGCAACUCCAUUCCAAUGUGCCGACUAGGGGCGCCUAUUGCGUCGUGGGCCAAUGGAGAACGAGCUGUUACGUUUCCGGAGGAUGUGGGCUAUUAUAUUUCCGGAUCAAAUGGUACCCGCUUCGUCCUGAUGGAAAUACGUUACAAUAAUUCGAAAAGGAAACAAGGUAUCGUUGAUAGCUCGGGUAUGCGGCUGUGGUACACAGAGAAGAAGCCGCGAUUUAUUGCCGCCAUCUUGGAAGUGGGCAGUGACGUCACGCCUCUUUCGCCCUUCAUCGCACCCGGGAUGAAGAAAUUUGUUUCAAGAGGCGUUUGUUCUUCUGAGUGCACAAACGAAGGUCUUCCACGUCAAGGAAUUCAUGUUCUUGCAUCACUGCUAAACGCCCACACAGCAGCUCGUUCAAUCAGACUACGUCACUUUCAAAGGGGCGUGGAGCAACCAGAAAUCGACAAAAACGAUAAUUUCGACUUCAACCGUCAAGACAUGGUCUUCUUGAGAAGAGAGAUAGAAAUUCAACAGGGGGACACACUGCAGCUUGAAUGCCAGUAUGACACUUCGAGACGAAAUAUCUUCACAUACGGCGGCUAUGAUUCAGACAACGAAAUGUGUCUGGCGUACUUGCUCGUGUAUCCUGCUCCUCGAUUGCGACAAUGCAAGAGUAAACAAAUGGCCGCUGCCAAGCAAUUCCUCCGGACAGCGAAGUCAAACGACUGGAUCCAAAAUAGAACGGAUCUUCGAAGUGAGAGGCUCGCGUCCCUAAUGAGCGACCCCAAAUUCAAACAAGCGUAUUGGAAGCUGGUAAACACGACGAAGGUUUCGCCCGUUUGCAAAGACAGGACGAACACUCGAAUCGGGAAGGGACAACUAACCCAGAGUCGUCCAGCCUCCUCGUGGACUACUAGAGCUCGCUAUCCGAAGUACUGCAACGUACUCGUGAAACCGACGAGUACAGGAGCCAACUCGUCGAGUAACAAUAGCAGGCAUUCUGGAGAUGAUGAAAAGAAUGGCAGUGAUGCAAGUCUGGGCUCGUACAAAGUCAGCAUGGCAGCUCUUGUCGUCACCGCGGCUGUCAUGCUGGACAGCUUGCAAUAUCAAUAAUAGCACAAACGUCUGACAAUCAAAAGUAUCGUGGUCUAGAUUCUAGUGGAUUAGUUAGAGUGUAUGGCAUCACUAGAGAUGUUGCACGCAGUUACCAGCUCAAUCAUCUAGUUGUAAGUAUUACAAAGCUACCGUUAUACCCUAGGCGCGGAAGUGGUAGAAGGUACAU